CUUCUACGAAAUUAUAAUAAGAAUGUUAUGAAGAUUUUGCAGCAAGUUUCAGAUUACAAGGACAAUUUAACGAUAUGGUAGGAUGACAUGCGAUAACAAUAAUUAAUAUGAUUAGAAAUAUAUGUCAUGAGUGACGAUGAUGGUGAUUGGUCGAGUGCGGUCGUCAUUGACAACGGAUCCGGAUCCAUUCAGGCGGGCUUUGCGGGAGACGAUGCUCCGCGGUCCUUUUUUGAAUCCGUUGUAGGAAGACCCAGAUUCCAGAAACAGUUACAUGGUAUCACGUACUCCGACCGUUAUGUGGGAGAUAAGGCUAUGUCCCUAAGAGGAGUUCUCUCCCUUCGCUACCCCAUUGAGAGAGGUAUAGUUAAAAACUGGGAUGAUAUGGAGCUGAUAUGGCAGCACGUCUUUGAAAAUGAACUCAGAACAAAGUCUGAUAAAACGAAUGUGUUCAUCACGGAUGCAAUCUUGAAUCCAGUAGGAAAUCGCGAAAAAAUGGCACAGAUUAUGUUAGAAAAAUUUAAUGUUCUUGGUUUCUUUGUGAUAAAUCACGGUAUACCCACCAUUUUUGCCUCAGGAAGAGCAUGUGGUACCGUAGUGAAUAUUGGAGAGGGUGUUGCUCAAGUGUAUCCAAUAUACGAAGGGUACACAGUUCUUUCAGCUAUGAGAAGGCUAGACCUUGCUGGGAGAGAUUUAACCUCUUAUUUACAAAGACUUCUUCAACAGAAAGGAUACUCAUUCACUACAUCUGCGGAAAUGGAGCUGGUAAAGAAAAUAAAGGAGGAUUUCUGUUUUGUUAGCAAGAAUUUUGAGAAUGAUCUUGUCAAAGCAUCGUCUUCCUUUGAAAUCGAGAAGUCGUACACAUUACCUGAUGGGAACGAAAUCUCUGUAGGGGAUGAACGAAUCCGAUGUCCCGAGGCCCUUUUUCAGCCGUCAUUGCUAGGUUUGGAAUCCGGUGGGAUCCACGAACUUAUUAACAACUGUAUCUUGUCAUGUGAUAUUGAUCUGAGGAGUUUAUUAUAUACCAAUGUCAUUCUAGCCGGUGGAACCACAAUGUGUCCAGGUAUUGAAGAAAGAUUAAGCUCUACAUUAAAAGCACUGGCUCCUUCGUCUUUUGUAAAGGUAGUGGCGCCCCCUGAAAGGCGUUAUUCGACUUGGAUUGGAGGAUCGAUCCAAGCGUCUCUAUCCACUUUCCAAAAGUGUUGGAUUACCCCAGCAGAAUAUCAGGAAUAUGGUCCGAACAUUGUUCACCGGAAAUGCAAGUAUGAAACAUCAAGUGACGAUGAAUGCGUUUCCGCUGUUGUUAUUGACAACGGUUCUUGGAGUUUUUUGGCGGGGCUCAGUGGAGAUGAUUCUCCGUCAGCAAUUCUAAGACCCUCUGCGAUUGGUCGACGACGAUUUCAGGAAAGGGCAGGGAUUUCCGAUGAAGACACCUAUAUUGGUGACAAAUUAAAUGAAAAACAAGAAUUGCUAUCCCUGACCUACCCUGUCGAAAGAGGCAUCGUCACGAACUGGGAUGACAUGGAAAAAAUAUGGCAGUAUGCUUUUGAGCGGGAACUUCGAGUCAAAUCUGAAGAUAGCCCUGUUCUGAUGGCAGAUGCUACACUGAAUCCGAUAGGAAACAGAGAAAAAAUGAUACAGGUUAUGAUGGAAUCUUUUCAUGUUCCUGGCUUUCAAGUAAUGAACCAGGGGAUCCUCUCCAUGUACGCUAAUGGCCGUACGUCAGGAACUAUUGUAACAGUGGGAGAAGGAGUGUGCCAUGUCGACCCUAUUUAUGAAGCUGUACCGGACUUACUUGGUAGAAGACGCGUGGAACUUGCAGGACGAGAUUUAACGUUACACUUACAAAGACUCUUACACAACAAAGGCUACUCCUUCACCUCAUCAGCCGAGAUCGAAUUGGUCAGGGAUAUGAAGGAGAAACUGUGUUAUGUCAGCUUUAAUGUUGAAAAAGACAGAAGCACCGCUUCUACCUCGUCGGAUCUUGACAAAUCCUACACACUGCCUGAUGGGAACAAACUCACACUGAACACCGAAAGAUUUAUGUGUCCGGAAGCUUUGUUUCAACCGUCAUUGUUAGGUCUGGAUUUUAAGGGAAUUCAUCACUUGGUGAAUGAGAGUAUCCUGGCCUGUGAUAUAUGCACUCGCCGAGACCUGUUUUAUACCAUAAUACUAUCAGGAGCAUCCACCAUGUUUCGAGGAUUUCAAGAAAGACUUAUGCAUGAAAUCAUGGGUUUGGCACCUCUUCCCUUGAAAGUUAUGGCCCCUCCAGAACGGAAUAAAUCUGCCUGGUUAGGCGGAUCUAUCGUGGCGUCCCUAUCAUCAUUCGAUAAACAUCUCAUCUCAAGGCAGGAGUAUGAAGAGUUUGGACCCGGGAUUGUUCAUCGAAAAUGUCGAUAUUAUUGACAGGUCCAAGUCCGAUCUUACGUCAAAAAAACUUUGCAUAAUAUUGAGCGACAUAAACUUGGACUUUUUUGUACUUUUCAAAGAUAAUACACUAACACCGAAGAUAUCUUAAAGGAAUUGUACGUGCAAGUGAUUUUGUAUUU